AUGCACCACAACUUUCAUCCAGCCGCGGUCAAUCACACGUGCCUUCUCAACAAGGACGACGCGGAGGCGGGACGGAGGCAAGCGGCAGGGCGCGCCGCAGACACAACAGCGGACAGAGAAACGCGCGACGCGACUGCUCAGUCAAGCGCGGCGCUCUGGCCAACUGCGCGCGGAAAAACUCGCAAGAACAACAGUGUGGCGUGCUCUGAACCUCGUCAGCCGGAAAACAGCCUGUGGCGUGUCCAAACACCGCGCACAUCCCCCAUGGUCUCCAUGAACCCAGCUCCAGAGGACGGGAUUCCUGAAAUCACCUCUAAGAAAACAAUGUCAGCAGAUGAAUUUUUUCCUUCUUCUGCUAUGUUGAGACAGAGGAGACAGGCUCCUCCUUUCCCCUCAUUUUGUAAUAGUGCACACCUGAAAUGGCUGCGCUGGAAUGGUAGUCUCCCUAAUGGAUCUGUGGCGACUUUCAACAGUUAUGCUGAUCGCUAUGACUACGUCUGCAAAUUCACUUGUGAAGCCGGUUUCUACAACCCUAAACACGGUCCUUAUUGCCACUACCCCUAUGGAGACAAAGAGGUGAAAGGUGAACCAUUUGAUAUCCUGGUGAACAAAGACAACUUCGAGAUCUUGGAGUGGAAGGACGGUUCCUAUGGUUCAGUGCCUGUACAUUCACUCAGAACUUGUUUCGACAGAGACGUAUAUGUUGGUAAGAACAAGUACGGUCUUGGGAAGGUACAUGUUAAGCAUAAGGCCUUCUUCCUUCCCUGGAAAGGCAGUGAGUAUUUUUACAAGAGCUACCAGGUCCUAACCUGUAACCAAGAUGUAUACAGUGAGCACAUCUCGAACGUCCAUUACAACAUUAAUAGUGCUAAAAUCAUCCAGUAUCCUCCAGAGAGCAUACGCAGCUUUGCCAGCACCAACAGUGGAUCCAGUCCGGUGUUGACAACAUCUACUGUCUCAGCGACAGUUCGGGUGGAGAAAAGGUGGGAUAUUGUCUCUUCAGUCAUGGCCGGUAUCAAGACGACAUUCUCUGGAGGAAUCCCUGGCAUCAUAUCUGGAAGUGUAGAUGUCACUGGUGAGGUAUCAUUCCAGUUCUCAGGUGGACACACCACUACAGAAGAGAACCAGCACUCUGUUUCUAUAGAGCUGACCGUCCCACCAAAGCACACCUGCAAAGGCCAUUUGGCGGGAUAUAAGACCCAGGCAAACAUCCCUUUCACUGCACACCUCAGCCGCACUUACACAAACGGGCAGACCACGUGGACGUCUAUCUCUGGGAUGUACAAUAUCAUUCAAAUUGGACAUAUCCAUGCUUACGUGGAUAACUGUGAACCUGUACCUGCCUUAAAUAAUAAUUGAA